AUGAAGGCACGAAUCUUUCCAACCUUUCUACUGGUGACGGCUACUCUGAUCAGCUUUUCUGGGGCCUUAAGAGAACAGAUAUCGGGCUCGACCGUCAUUCGAUUGGGCGAUAUUGCCUAUUACAUGUAUGACGUUCCAGAGAUUGACAACAAUUUCGGCAUGGACCAAAUGCAUGAACCUUGCACAGUGAUAGAGGUUGGAAGCGCCCACAUGUGCCCAGAUUCUCUCGACGAAAUCAUCACCAGGUUCGGACGUUCUGAUGAUGUUUGGUCGAAAGCAUUUCUGAGAAAUAUCGUGAUUCAGACAAACGGUGGCGUAUCCAGUGUUCGGCCAGAUACUCAGCAAUUCCUGUCACUUUUGGGCACCCGCAACAUAUACUACAGCCAGGUUCUCACGAAGUCCAAGAAGUAUCCAGAAGGCCCGUACUUCUUGGAUCGAGGGAAACUCCAUCAAGCGUAUCGUUUGUACCCAGAUACCUCUGAAUCUUUCAUCGUGGCCACAGUUCCCACCCAUGAUCCCUUUCAUUACAAAUCCCUCGAUGCGGCUGCGUAUGGAGAAACAUAUCCUUCUGCUCUUACAGUUGCAGUGCCGUCUCGUCUGUAUUUCACGAAGACGGACGAGCAACCUUAUGCAGGCCUCCGCUUAGGGAUAAAAGACAUCAUCGAUCUGAAAGGACUUCGAACUGGAGCUUCGUUCCUUUCGUACACUGCGCUCUACGGGCCUCGGGAUCGAAAUGCGGCAGUCGUUCAGAGACUUUUGAAGCUUGGCAUGGUCGUCGUUGGCAAGAUGAAGACUACACAGUUCGCGGAUUCGGAGUGGGCGACAUGUGACUAUGUGGAUUAUCACGCUCCUUUCAACCCUCGAGCCGAUGGAUAUCAGGGGCCGAGUGGAAGCAGCGCGGGGAGUGCAGCCGCAAUCGCAAGCUACGAAUGGCUUGAUUUCACAAUAGGCACUGAUACUCUUGGGAGUACUCGUGCGCCUGCUACAGUACAGGGUAUUUUUGGCAUGCGACCUUCUAUUGACACUGCCAAUUUUGAGGGCAUCAUUCCCUAUUCAGAUAAGUUUGAUACAGUAGGAGGAUUUGCUCGCGAUGCGGCAGCUUUCACGAAGCUUGCAAAGGCGCUUUAUGGGCCAGAGAUUGGCUCAGGCUCCACUUGCGAGACGAGGCCAGCGAAGAUUUUGUACCCAGUAAACUAUUGGCCUGUUAGUCAUGGUGAGUCUCAAGAAGUCUUCGAACGAUUUGUCGCAGCACUGGAGUCACAUCUUGGCGUGAAGCGAUUUCGCAUUGAUUUGGAAGAUGUGUGGCGGAAGACCAAUCCUGUCAAGACCAACCUCAGUCUAGCACAAUACUUUGAGCACGUUUUUGAAUGGGUCGCAAACCCCGACCAGUGGACUGGGUUUAUGAAACAGUUCUUCGAGGACUACGCGGAGAAGUUCGGACAAGCAGCAUCCGUGAAUCCCCAAUUGCAGUUCAAGAGAGACUAUCUACCGACUGUUACCAAGGAACAGCAAAAGGAAGGCACCAAGCGACUGCGCAUAUUCAGCUCUUGGUGGGAGAAUAACGUCAUCCCUUCGUCCGACACUACCGGUUGUAUUGACACGAUCAUGGUGAUACCUUGGAGCAACGGAGAGCCUGAGUACAGAGACAAAUAUCGCGAGUCUGCACAAAAGUUCACUGGCAUCGGUUUCUUCUUUUACAAUCUCUCACCCUAUGCUGGAGCCCCUGAACUUAUAGUUCCUGGUAAGCAAGCAUUCACUUCCCCGCUAGCAAAAACGCCGAACACCCAUUAACAGGGUUUUAAAGCUGGUCAAACGCGCUUUCGUUCACGUAUCAGUGAGCGUGAUGAAUUUCUUCCAGCAGCAAUCGGAAUCAUCGCAAACAGGGGAAGUGAUGUCGCCCUUACUGAGUUUGUCAAUGAAUUUCUUGAGCCAAACAACGCCGUCGAGGUCAGGUCUGUUGCUCUCGAGGGAUUCCGAGAUGAAAAGGAGAACACGCGCACUGACCUGAAGUAAGAUGCGCGUCCGGAGUGAAGAUGAGUAGGUAUGAUCGAGUGCUGCUGUCACAAGAGCAACAGCAAGAGCAAAGAUAUUGACUGGAGAGAUUAGCGAGUAUGGUGUGAAGAAUCCCAAGCGAUGUUAGCUACCUGUACGACAUAAUGAGUCUCCAUUCUCUUCUUCCUUGAUGCAAGACAUGAAAGCAGCUGGAGGAUUUCGGUACGCCCAUCACGUGAGUGAUGUGGAAAUACUGGCGGCUUGCACCUGUUUCAAUACAAUUGAUACAUGAUCUGUUCUGCCCCUG